AUGCUUGAAGAACUAUUAAUUCAUAAGCCAGAUGAUCCCAUUCAGUAUAUGAUAAACCAUUUAAAGCAAAACAACGAUGAUGCUCCAAGAAUUUGUGUACUUGGUCCACCUGCUUCUGGGAAAACCACAGUUGCAAUGUGGCUUUGUAAACAUUUGGAUGCCAUACGUAUCUCUCGGGAGACUUUGUUAUUCAAGGAAAUAUUAGCGCUGACAAAGGAAGCAAAGGCAUAUAAAGAAAGAAAACAGAAAAUUCCCAACGCGCUUUGGGCCAAUCUGAUCCAGGAACGUCUGUCAAACGUGGACUGCAUCAAACAAGGUUGGAUUUUGGAAGGCUUCCCUGAAAAUCAGGAACAGGCAUGGAUGCUGCAAUCAUCUGGCAUCAUUCCUAGGCACGUUGUUGUGCUUUAUGCUCCAGACACUGUGCUGAUUGAGAGGAACAGUGGGAAAAGGCUUGAUCCCUCCACAGAAGAGGUGUACCAUACGACCUUUGACUGGCCAAGUGAUCCGCUGGUACAGCAACGUUUGGUGAAACCAGAAGAUCUGUCUGAACAGGAGAUGUCAAGGAAACUGCUGAAAUAUCACAGAAACUUCCCUGGGGUUUUCCAGAUCUACCAAAAAGUUUUGAAAUCGGUCAAUGCAGACCAGCCUUCUGUGGAUGUCCUCUCCCAGGUUCUUACCUAUGUCCAAACACGGCACCGAUCAGCUGCCCCCUUUACACCACGGAUUCUCUUUUGUGGACCCCCAGGCAGUGGGAAGAGCCUGCAGGCAGCACUAAUAGCUCAGAAAUACGGUGUUGUCAACAUUUGCUGUGGGCAACUGCUAAAGGAAACUGUUGCAGACAAGACAAAACUUGGAGAACUCGUUAAGCCUUAUAUUGACAAUGGAUACCCAGUCCCAGACAACCUUGUUAUGAAGAUCCUGGCAGAACGCCUAAACGCACUAGACUGCACGACCAAUGGAUGGGUGCUUCGUGGCUUCCCAAGAGACAUAGAGCAGGGAGAACAGCUGCAAAAAUCACAAUUUAUUCCAAACAGGGUAUUUUUCUUCAAUCUCCCCUAUGAAUCCAUCAUGGAACGACUGUCUCAACGGAGGACUGAUCCCGUCACUGGGGAAAGAUACCACAAUACAUUCAGGCCAGCGCCCACACCGGAGAUCCAAGCCCGUCUCAGGCAGAACCCUAGAGACAAGGAAGAAAAUAUUGAGAAGCACGUGGAAGCCUAUUACAGGAACAUCAAGGAACUGGAGGAUUUUUAUGAAGACGCCUUUUAUGUCAAUGCCGACCAAGACCCUUAUGUUGUCUUUGAGUUUAUAGAAAGCUGUAUCAUUAAACCCCUCCCAUGUAAAAAAAUUAAAAGCUUAUAA